AUGGAGAACUUGAUUUCCUUAGUAAAUAAAAUUCAAAGAGCUUGUACUGCUCUUGGUGAUCAUGGUGAAGCUAGUGCAUUACCUACUCUGUGGGACUCGUUACCCGCCAUCGCUGUCGUCGGUGGCCAGAGUUCAGGGAAGUCAUCAGUGUUGGAGAGUGUAGUAGGGAAGGAUUUCUUACCUCGUGGAUCCGGUAUUGUUACGCGACGGCCACUCGUGUUGCAGCUUCAUAAGAUCGAUGAAGGAAGUAGAGAAUACGCUGAGUUCCUUCAUCUCCCGAGGAAAAGAUUUACUGAUUUUGCUGCGGUGAGGAGGGAGAUUCAAGAUGAGACUGAUAGAGAGACUGGUCGAUCAAAGCAAAUUUCUAGUGUUCCAAUUCAUCUUAGUAUUUACUCCCCUAAUGUUGUCAACUUGACAUUGAUCGAUCUUCCUGGGCUUACUAAAGUAGCAAUCGAGGGUCAACCAGACAGUAUUGUGCAAGAUAUUGAAAACAUGGUUCGCUCUUAUAUUGAGAAGCCCAACUGUAUAAUUUUAGCAAUUUCACCUGCCAAUCAAGAUCUUGCUACCUCUGAUGCUAUUAAAAUCUCCCGUGAAGUGGACCCUACAGGAGAGAGGACCCUAGGAGUCUUGACAAAGAUCGAUCUUAUGGAUAAGGGUACUGAUGCUGUUGAUAUAUUGGAAGGAAAAUCUUACCGCCUAAAAUUUCCCUGGGUCGGUGUUGUGAACCGCUCACAAGCGGAUAUUAACAAGAAUGUGGACAUGAUUGCUGCUCGGCGUAGAGAGCGUGAUUAUUUUGCCACCACCCCAGAAUACAAGCACCUUGCCCACAGAAUGGGUUCAGAACAUCUAGCAAAGAUGCUGUCAAAGCAUUUGGAAGUUGUAAUCAAGUCCAAAAUUCCAGGCAUUCAGUCCCUUAUCAACAAAACAAUUGUUGAAAUUGAAUCUGAAUUGAGUCGUCUUGGAAAGCCUAUUGCUGCAGAUGCUGGAGGAAAGAUGUACUCAAUCAUGGAGAUCUGCCGCCUUUUUGAUCAAAUAUACAAAGAGCAUCUUGAUGGCAUCCGACCUGGUGGUGAUAAGAUUUACAACGUUUUCGAUAACCAGCUUCCUGCUGCUCUAAAAAGGUUACAGUUUGACAAGCAACUUUCGAUGGAAAAUAUUCGGAAAUUGAUCACUGAAGCUGAUGGAUAUCAGCCUCACUUGAUAGCUCCUGAACAAGGAUAUCGUCGUCUCAUUGAAUCUUCUGUAGUUACUAUCCGAGGUCCUGCUGAGGCAGCUGUUGAUGCGGUUCAUGGCCUUCUGAAGGAGCUGGUUCACAAGGCUAUCAGUGAGACUAUUGAGUUGAAGCAGUAUCCUGCUCUUAGAGUGGAGGUCAGUAAUGCUGCUGUUGACUCACUUGACAGAAUGAAGGAAACAAGCAAGAAAGCAACACUUCAGCUGGUCGACAUGGAGUGUAGCUACCUGACAGUGGACUUUUUCCGGAAGCUUCCUCAGGAUGUCGACAAGGGUGGCAACCCAACACAUUCUAUAUUUGAUAGAUAUAAUGACUCAUAUCUUAGACGAAUUGGAUCUACUGUUUUGUCAUAUGUCAAUAUGGUCUGUGCAAGUCUACGGAACUCCAUUCCAAAGUCAAUUGUUUAUUGUCAAGUGCGUGAGGCCAAGCGAAGCCUGCUUGACCAUUUCUUCACCGAGUUGGGGAAACUGGAGCAAAAGCAAUUGUCAUCUUUAUUGAAUGAGGAUCCCGCAAUCAUGGAGCGCCGGGCUGGCCUUGCAAAGAGACUUGAGUUAUACAGGAGUGCACAAGCAGAAAUCGAUGCAGCUGCUUGGUCUAAGUAG